AUGAACAUAGACUACCCGAGAGAUGUCUGCAUCACGGACGAGUUUCGCGAGGCGCUGGCGCAGGUCGUUUGCAAAGCAACGGCCGAGCAACCCUCCGAGCCUUUCCACUACAUGAUAUGGGGGAGGAACGCAGAGGGUGCGAGGCAGCCCAAGGGCAGUGAGCAUCUCGCGACCCUUAAAGAGUUUGCCGCAAAGCUGGCGGUGACGCUCACACCUGGCAUGGAUGUCAUCAGCAUUCGUGUGCUAUUCUCGCCACCUGGCUCCCCUGCCCAGCCCUUUCACCUCGACUAUGCGCAGCACUUUUCAGAGGUGCGCACAAUCUUUAUUUCUGCAUCACCUUCCACAGCGUCCAACUGCACUGAAUGGCUCGACUUCGGAGAGACGAAUUCAGAGAUAGUAGCUCGCGCGCGCCAGUUGGUGCAGAAAGGUAUCACGCUGGAGCUGUCAGACCUAUCUCCCCACAAGCCCGCAGUUCAGUCGUUGGUGCUGGAUGCCGGGCAAGUCUGCGUUUUGCGUACUUCGCAUGUCUUUCACCGGCGUGGUCCAAACAGGAGCGAAUUCACUAGAAUCACGUUCAACGUGGAUGUGGCCCACCUGCCAGAGUCUCCAGAGUUUGUUGACCUUGAUACGUGCCGAUCACUUGGCCAGAAGCGCAUAUGUGGCCUAGACGUUGUGGACGCUUUGGAUGAGCAAGACAUUUGCUUGCACGGCUUUCCAGACUGA